AUGCAGCGCCGCCAGAGCGCACGAGGAGAGUACAUCCCCGCCGAGGGGGACUGGCCCGUAGAUCCCCAGCACGACGUCGAGGUUUCAGACCAGCGCAUCUGGGUCGACGGCUGCUUCGACUUUGCCCACCACGGCCAUGCCGGCGCCAUGCUGCAGGCCCGCCAGCUGGGCAACGAGCUGCUGGUAGGCGUGCACUCGGAUGAGGCCAUUCUCGAGAACAAAGGCCCCACCGUCAUGCGCCUCAACGAACGGGUCAUGGCCGUCGAAGCCUGUCGCUGGGCCACCAAGGCCGUCCCCAAAGCCCCCUACGUGACCUCGCUCCCCUGGAUCACGCACUACGGCUGCCAGUACGUCGUGCACGGCGAUGACAUCACCUCCGACAGCGACGGUAAGGACUGCUAUCGCUAUGUCAAGGCCGCCGGCAGAUUCAAGGUCGUCAAGCGCACUCCCGGCAUCUCGACGACCGACCUCGUGGGCCGCAUGCUGCUGUGCACCAAGACGCACUUUAUACAAUCCCUCGAGAAGAGGCUGUCCGGUGACGAGGGCCCAGGUGGAGAGGCGGAGCGCCUGGAGACGGGACAGGCUAUGCUGCAGCGCAUCAAGGACUAUGCGACGGAUGCCAGCGGACUUGCGCCUGGCUGCGAUGUGUGGUACUGGCAUGCUUCGCGUCCGGCGAAGCUGCGGAGAACGACAACCAGCAAUGCCGCUCCGCCCGAGCGGCCAGGCGUUGUACGGUCAGAAACCGUAGGCAGUCAGAACCCUGUCAAGGAGGAGAAGGGCAAGUUCCACCAGCUCGUAGAAGGCAAGGGAGUGAAGCCCGGACAGAGAGUCGUCUACGUCGACGGAGGAUGGGACCUGUUUUCUUCCGGCCACAUCGAGUUCCUGCGGCUCGUCACCCAGGCUGAGGAGACCGCCGCAAAAGCCAAAGGAUGGUUCACCGAAGAGGCCAAGAAGGAGCGCAUAGAAAAGACCGGCGAAGACUACCCGCCUGCCUUCAUAGUCGCGGGCAUCCACGACGACGAAGUCAUCAACCACUGGAAAGGCAUCAACUUCCCCAUCAUGAACGUCUUUGAGCGCGGCCUGUGUGUACUGCAAUGCAAGUACGUCCACGCCGUCGUCUUCGGCUCGCCCUUCUCCCUCUCCAAAGCCUUCCUCCUCACGCUCCCCUACUCCACCCCCACCGCCGUCUACCACGGCAUCACCAAAUUCAUGCCGCUCACCUACGACCCCUACGCCGUCACCAAGGCCCUCAACAUCUACCGCGAGAUCGCUAACCACGAGUUCCAAAACGUCAAUUCCGCCGAGAUUGUCGCCCGCAUCAUGAAGGGCCGCGCGCUGUACGAGGAACGACAGCGCAAGAAGGGCGAGAAGGGCAUGGGCGAGGAGGUCGAGAGGCUCAGACAGGAGCUGGAGCGCGAGCAGAAGAGGAAGGAGGUUGAGGGGCAGUUUGGGCUUUAAGUUGGUUGUUGCAUGAGCGAGCGAGCAUUUGGACAGACAUGGUUAAGUUGAAAAUACCCUUUUGGACAAAUCGGUUUAGAAUUGACACUUUGGGUUCGCCGGCGUG